AUGACCAUUGAGCAGGAGAACUUGAUUUUCCAGGAGCAGGAGUUGGCUGAGAGGGAUUCCCAAAGGAAGGGAAAGGCAACUGCUGAGAGCAGUGAAAGGACAGAUGAUAUGGGUGGGUCCUGGAAGAGGCGCAGGACUCAUCAACAGGUGCCAGCUAGGGAAGCAGAUGCACCUGUUAGGGCUGCACCUGUGGGACAGGUGGGACCGCUGAGGUGUUUCAAUUGCGGCGAGAUGGGUCAUACUGCCAGGGGUUGCACGAGGCCGAAGAAUGUAAUAUGCUUUAGAUGUGGCCAGGCAGGGCAUUACUCCAGGGAUUGUGUCCAGGCACAAGGUGGAGGACAAGGGAAUCAACAGAGGCAACUACCUCAGGGAAAUGCGAGGGUGUUUGCUGUUGGUCAGCAAGGUGCUAGGGAAGAAGUCACAGAGUCUUUGUUGGGUAGUGUACGUGGAUGA